AUGAGCGACCCACACGGGAAGGCAUGGUGGAAUAUACCCUACUACUUUUACAGCCCACUAAUGUUUUACAUGGAAGAGGACCUGGAGGAAUACAUAUUUGGCCCCGAGGAUGAAUACCUUCGCCGCAUGGAGGUCCACAGCAACACCCUCAUUCAGCUGGAAAGGGGAUUCACAGCCUCAGGCCAAACGCGGGUCUCCGUAGUGGGACCGUUUCAGGCAAGGCUGUGGGUGAUGAACAUGAUCAGAAAAGUGGGGAGUCAGAACACUUUCGAUCAGACCACAGGCAAGAUAAUGCUACUACGGAUCCGGAGUCAGCCUCUGUCGGAGCAAGACCUGAAAUUUGAUCCAGAAUCAGGGAGCAGUCUUUGGUUUCCAGAUUGAGGGGUGGGACUUCUAUGGAAGCUACUCAUCACUUGAGGUUUCCUGUGGUAGUAGUUUGGUGGUUUAGGGGUUCUGUUAGAAUUCUUUGUGUUCACAAUUUCACAGAUCUCCUUCGGUAACUGUUUUGGGGGAAGCAGCAGGUUGGGGAGGGGGAGAGGUUCUUCAUCAGCCUUUGAAAAGCACAGAAAAAAAUGGUUAAGGAAGUUUGAAUUGAAGAACCAUACCAGCACUCUCAAGCAGUGUGAGGUGUAAAAUUACACACUUCUAGGUGUAAGAUUCUGGCAAAGAUCUCUAAUAAAACAUGUUGCA